CGCCACAGUUCGCAUGUAACACGCCGUGUGAUUGUUGACGUUAUCAAUCGUCCUUCAUCAAGGAAUUCUUAACGAAACAGCUCGAGGAAUAUUGAAGAACAAACUGAGAGUGUAGACUUUUGUGCGCUGUUGUCAUUUAUCAGAAACGAUCACUCUGUGGCCAGCACAUAUAGUGGAAUAUAAGUGUUCGUUCGUACUGCAUCUGCAGUACAAUUUCGCAAAUACACGUGGUCGUACACACGAUUCCGACGUUAUCGAAUAUAUUCGUGUUCUACCGUAUAGUUUAAUUCGAUUUUUCUUUCUUUAAAAUCGUUCGGUACCUGAAUAAUCAGCCUGUAAAAAUGACGAAAGUUUUCAAAGCAACCGACGGAUUUACCAUCAAAGAUAUUCUUGCUGAUGAUGGCUUUACUUUGGAUACUUCUGAGUUUACUGAUUUUUUGGAAGAAACCGAAGAAUUAGAUCAUGCCAAGUCAGUUUCUUUGUCUAAUGAAGAAAUGAUGAGAUAUCUUGAAAAUUUGGAACAUGACAAUGAUGAUAAAAUCAAUCCUGAAAACGGAAGCAUUCCAUUUGUUGGAGUUCCUUUUGAUACUUUAAAAUCAAAAAUGACGAGUAUUUAUGAAAAUGGAAAGAUUUUAAAAAUAAUCAAACGUGAUGGAGUUGGAGACGUGGUACCACCAGAUGCACAAGUAACUGUCGAAUAUGUAGGAUAUUUUGAAUAUUCUGAUCAACCUUUCGAUUCAACAUUAUUUCAUCCUUCCAAACGUAUGGUUAUACGAUUGGGUAAAGGUGCUGUCAUACCAGGUCUUGAAAUUGGCAUAAGCUCAAUGAAGAAAUUUGAAAAAUCUUUAUUUAUCAUUCAGUCAGAAUUGGCUUAUGGUGAAUUAGGAUGUAUGCCUCGAAUUCCACCAAAUGCUGAAGUUCUGUUUAAAGUAGAACUUGUAGAUUUUAUUGAUAAUGGUGCUGCUGAUACAUAUGAUGAACUGACAAAUGAAGAGAGGAAAAAAUUUGCAUCUAUUGAGAAAAUUGUUAAAGACCUACUAACUACUGCAAAUGAUAAUGUGAAAAGAAAUAAAACAACUCAAGCAGUCAGAGAGUAUAAUCGAGUAGUUCAAUAUUUAGAUGGAACUCGUUUAUUUAAUGAUGAAGAAGAAAAAAGUAUGACUAAAUACCUAACAAGAGCAUUGACAAAUUUAAUGGUUUGCUACAACAAAUUAUCCAAACCUAAAUUAGCUUGUCAUUGUUUCAACAGAAUACCUGUGCAUCAUGAAAAACAUAGUGCCAAAGCUCUUUAUCAACAUGCUAAAGCUCUAUCUAUGAUGGGGGAAUGUGACCAGGCAAUGAAACUUUUACAAGAUGCUAAUAAAUUGAAUCCUGGUAGCGCUGAAAUAAAAAAACUCAUUCACGAGGUUGAAGGGAAAAGAAAUAAUUAUAAUGAAUUUUAUAAAAAAUUUGCUAAAAAUUCAUUAAAAAAGUCCUUGGGUACAUCUGAAGAGUCAAACCCUAUGGAAGAAUUAGCUAAGGAACUUUGCGAUGAUUUCAUAGCUGAUGAAGAAGCUGUUAGGUGUCAAAUACCUGAAGGAUUGUCUCCUACAGAAUUAGCAGUUAUACGCAGAAUUGCUGCAAAUAAAAAUCUCACUGUAACUCAUCAAAUGAGAUAUGAUGAAGAAACCUGGUAUCUGUGUAAAAAAGGAUACCAUGUAAAAAAAUAGGUAUCAUUUAAUCAGAAAACUUUUGAGAAUUAUUGACAUUAGUGAAUAAGCUAUAUUUUAUGAUUUCUAAACUUUAUACAUUCUAGAAAUGUAUAUUUCUCAGACUUGAUUGAAAAAAUUUUUUUUUUCAAAUUCUACAUUCUUGAAUUAAUCAAUCUUGCUCUAAAUGAUUAAUAAGAUUUCGAUAUGAUUCUGAGUUCAAAUAACAAAAGUAAAACUUGAAAUUUAAUUAUGUAUAAUUAUGACUAUCUUGAUUUAAAAACUGAAUUUUCAUAUUUUCUUAUUUCCCACAAUUUUUUCUCAGAACUUUACAUUUAUUUUUCUAGUAACGAGAUAGUUAAUUAGUGAAUUUAUUAUAUGUAAUUCUUUAAAUUCGGAUCAAAUUGUGCGAAAAAUGAGUUACUUUUCCAAAUUUUCAGUCGGAAUUAAUCAUAAAAACGAAAAAAUUUUCCGCAAUAAAGCACGGAGUGAAACAAAAAAUGUUCUUUAUUUUAUUCACGUACAUUGUGUAUUGCGUGCAAGCGUGCGUGCUGUAGCUGGAACGAUAUGACGCAUUUGUAAUACCGAGAGAGCUAUGUAACUAUCGGUUAUUUUGUACUCAUUAGUUUUAUUUUUAUUUUUACAAGAUUUUCAUUAAUAAAGCAUCUCCACUGAAAA